GGGAAAUUGAUCGGUGUACGAAUACAUUCUACACCCACUGUAAAUGUUGGAACAAUCUGCCUGUUUCAUUGUUGCUUAACGUAACGAAAUGGAGGAAAAAUAUUUUUAUUUAAACAACCGUUGCGAGUAAUUGAAUCGCACAGAAGAACAGUGUUAACAACACAAACUUAUCGACACGUUUCGGUUCGCAUAAAUUUCUGUUUUGCUGAAUGAAAAACCACGAAUCGAGCAAUUUAACGAAAAGAUGGAAGAGCUUUUGACUUACUUAUCUCGAAAGAGUUAGCCCUCUCCGUAUUCCCGCAAGUUUGAAAAAUUGCCUUUUGGUCGGGUUUUUGGCGGAAGUAUCCCCCACUGUGCGCGGAUAGCGUGAUUCGCUCGAGAAAGCGAAUCGAUAUCCAGUUGAUCGCAUAACGCAAUGCAGUUCCAGUUCCAGCGUGACAGAGAUAUCCACUUUUUUCCCCAGUUUCGUGGGCGCGCAGUCUGGCUAGUGGAGUCUUCCGUGGCCAGUUGGGAGGUCUGUAAAGAAGAAAAACAGGGAAAGAGAGUGAGAGUGAGAUCGAGAGACCGGUGACCCAGGGUGCAAUGUCAUAUCACCGUGGGGGCCAGGCGGGCGCCGUAGCAGUGUCGUACAGCACCAGUCCAAUGGCGCCACACUCUCCUAGCAGACGAUGUUCGAGCGGUAGUAGCGCCACCAGCAGCUCCGCGAUCGGCACCUCCUCCUCCAAGCUGAACACCUACCGAUCGACUGGCACCUCGUCGAUCCUAGAUCGGCCAACGAACUUCUACACGUCGUCGGGCAGCUCGGGGUAUCGCUCGAGCUAUACGUCCGAGUACAGGCGAUCCUACUGCCCGUCAGGCAGUUUCUACUCGUUAACGACGACGGGCACGGGCAUCCGCAGGAACUACGUGUCGGAGUACAGCCGAUCUCGCUGCUCACCCGCAAGGUCAGUUUCGUCGUCGGCGUACAGCAAUACGGGCACCGGCGUCGGCACGGGCACGAAUGUGACAGCGAACGGCACCAGCGGCGGCACCAGCAACUCCCGAUACGGAUUGUCCACGUCGUCGUCCUCGUCCUCGAUCUCCGCGUCCUCGAGGGACAGGGCGCAACAGGAGUCCUCGAGGCACGAUCACCACCCACCUAGCAGCGCAGCGGAUAUAAUCAGCAGGUACUCGCCGUCAGGUUACGUGCCCAACAUACGACAGACGAGCAACACCAGCGGUGGAUCGCAUAAUUGGAAACACCAUUCGACCGGUUCCUCGUUGACGGAGCUCUUCGGCGGGGACGAGCGCGACGUCGCUGGUAGCACCAGGGAUCGUCCCGAGUCCUCGUUGUCCUCGUCCUCCUCAUCGUCCUCCGCCGCUGCUGGCGGUGCACUCUGGCCCAGGUCGAAGAGGGGACCACUGUCCAGCAGCACGGUGCUCACCAGCGGCCAUGUACGCGCCGAGAGUGCUGCGUCGCCUGGCGAGGUAACGAACGACGAGCGCGGCACCGUCCGCGACCUAGACCAGGACGACAACGACCUAGACGAUGACGAGACGGACGACGACGACGACGACGAGAACGACAACACCGACGAUGAUCAGCACAACAACAACGGAAAUGGAAACGAUACCAGCAGCCCCGAGGACGCCUGCGGAUUAGGGGUAAACAACAACGAUGACGACCACGACGACGACCACGACAAUCUGAACAACCGCCAUCACCACCAACAACGCGCCGCUCAUCGUAACGACGAGGUCUCGCCCGCUAAGCAUAACAUCCUUUCGCCCGUCCCCGGUGGUGUUGGCGGUGCUGGUGCUGGUUUUAUCGGUGUUAAGCUCCAACUGCUCGCUAACCUUGCCACUAACACGAAUAACACGGAACCGAUAACGGUGAUCAAUAACAACGAUCAGGACGAGCUAGCCCAGCAGACCGUGGACGUCGACAUCGAGGACACCGGCGAGGUAAUGCGCGGCAUCGACGACACGAUCGCGUUCCUUCAAGGCGGCCACGCCGACGAUCCAGACCUCGAGGACGGUGACCACCAAUCGAGCUCCGCCUCAAGCGGCAGCUCGUACGUUAUCGAUCAUAACAGAUUCGGUGGCGGCGCGACGCCACCCGUCCUCCAAAACGGCGUGGCUGGAAGACCAUCCGGUACCUACGGUGACGAUCCAGCGGUCCCCUCCACCUCCAGGCGACCCGACGGUCAUUUCUCCGGAAACACGAACGCUGUUGGUACCAAUUCCACCCCGUCGACCACUCCACCAUCCACGACACACCAGAGUCUCUACCGCGGGGUCGUCGAACAGUUUGACGGAAGCCCGACGAACAAAUCGACACGUAAUCGGCUACAAGCGCAUCGUGACGAGCGAUGUGGGUUAAACGGAUUGCGGAAUAUUGGAAAUACAUGUUUCAUGAACAGUGUGAUCCAAUGCUUGAGCAACACGAGACCAUUGCUGGAGUAUCUGCUGAAUGAACAAUACCUGGCGGACAUAAACACCACAACAUCCAGUAUGAAGGGUGCCCUCAUCAAAGCUUUCAGCCAGGUGAUCCACGAAUUGUGGGAGGUGGGUGGUGACCAUGUCGUGAACACGACAGCGCUUAAGUCUCAGAUACAGAGAUUCGCGCCACGUUUCAUGGGGUACAGCCAACAGGAUGCUCAAGAAUUUCUCAGAUACUUGCUCGAGGGUUUGCACGAGGACGUAAACAGAGUCACGGUGAAACCACAGCCGAUACACACGGAUAUCCCUGAGAUGUACACAGACAGCCAGAAAGCUGUAGAGAGCUGGAAGCGUUACCUUCGCAGCGAAGACAGCAUGAUAGUCGACGUGUUUGUUGGCCAGUUACGCUCUUCGUUGCGCUGCACCUCUUGCGACCACGUGUCGGUAACCUUGGAUCCUUUCUGGGACUUGAGUCUGCCGAUUCCAGCCAGAAGUGGCACCGUCAAGUUGAGUCAGUGUCUAGAACAUUUUACCCGAGAAGAGGUUCUCGAUGGCGACGAGAAGCCCACAUGUUCCAAGUGCCAGAUGAGGAGAAAGUGUACCAAAAGCUUCAGCAUACAAAAGUUCCCGAAGAUCCUCGUUAUUCACUUGAAACGUUUCUCUCCCAUGGAACGAUUCCGCGGCAAGCUAAAUGUAAUGGUGGACUUUCCGUUGACGGGAUUGGAUCUCAGUGCCUUCGCCGCCCCUAGAGUUCCGGGAUGUACAUACAAUUUGUACGGAGUCGCGAAUCAUUCGGGCACGACGUACUCUGGCCAUUACACCGCUUAUUGCAAGCACCCGUACUCGGGAGAGUGGCACGAGUACAACGAUAGUCGAGUGUCCGUGGUUCCAGCGCGAUCGGUUGUUUCCAGCGAAGCCUACGUGCUGUUCUACGAGCAGCAGCCUCACAGCUCUCACUUGUAACCUUACGCCAUGCUUAGAGUUAAACGACCAUCUUGCCUCUCGAUACCUCAGUCCAGCAUAGUGUAAUAAAUACUACUUUAUCGUGUGGUAUUGAAAAGCGACUAAACACUCAACGACCAAUCGUGUCGUGUUCGGGUCGAGCAAUACGGAGCGCGUGUAUGGUGUGACAUUGGCGAUAAUCAUGCCUCCCCCUCGAGCAGAUUUGGUUUUCUUCGGAUGUAGAUUAUCACCGUGGAUCGGUCGGGGACACCUCCUCCUCUCUCUCCACUUCGGCUUUUUUAGAGACCAGACGCUUUCGUGUAUUUUCGAACGAGAUAAGAACGCGAGUUAGACCUCCAGCAGCGUACGAGAUGCUUCGCGCGAGUGAAUAUUUUUUAACGGUCAGGAAUUCGAUCGUGUCGCGCGUUCUCUUUUCAAUUUGUUUUUACCGUUUCUUUUUUUCCUUUUUAUAGAAUGUAACGUCUACCGUGUGUUUCCAAGGACGAGUUUUGCCAGACACCAAAAUAUACAUAUAUACAUAUAUAUAUAUUAUACAUACUUCGGUACUCGAAGAAAAACGAAGAGUUAAUCAUGACUUCGCCAAAGAUCACGUAUACGAAAUAAAGCGCUUCGGAUGUCUAGUUACUUUUGAAUAGACGAUAUAGUAACAUCUAUCCUCACACUCUUCACCUGGCAAUCUACAGCUAUUUACUUUUGUAAAAUAUUUUGUUUAAUAAUAUAUCACAGUCAAGAGUUAUUUAUUUAAUUUAUGGAAAGAGAAAACUGAUGAAAUAUUAAUAUAUUCGAUAAUGACGAAUAUAAUAUAUAUAUAUAUAAAUAUAUAAAUAUAUUAUUAUACGUAUUACAUACCAAUAAAAGUAACACAGAUUAAGGGAAAAAUAACGAACGUACGAAAUGUUUUUAUUUUCUCGUAGAUUCGACCAAAUUUCCACGUCACGUUCUCUUCCCCCACUUAAAAAUCAAAUAUGAACGUCAUCGUAAAUUAAAUGUACCCGACAGUUGCGAAAAAAAAAACUUUGAUCUAACGAAUUUGUAAAAUUACAUUUCUUUUCUAUCGUUUUUCCAAACGUUCUCGACGAUUUUUGCGAUAUCGUCUGCCCGAACAUGCAAUCGUUUCGAUGUGUCUUUCAUUUCGAAGUUUUAAAUUGCUUUCAAAUAGUAUGUUUUAUCGAAUAAAAAUAUUCAAAAAAUCAAAA